AUUCUCCCAGAUCCCUCCGCCGCCAUUACCGGACUCAUCACUCCUUUUCUGGCUCUGCCGGCGGGUGGCUGAGCAGAAGUCUCUGGAAGGAGCGAAGGAGACAGAGCACCUGAAGCAGCAGCUUGUCAUUUCCAGGCACCCUGGAGUCCCAAAAGGCCAGCUCGGCGGGUGCGCACCUGCCAGCCACCCCUGACUCCGCUGAUCAGGCAGCCUCCAAGCCUGAGGAGAUGGCCCAGUCCAAGAGCAAGACCGACUGCCGCUCACCUGUCGGUCUCGACUGCUGCAACUGCUGUCUGGAUCUGGCCAACCGGAGCAAUCUCCAGAGAGGCAGCGGCGGGGACAACCCGAGCAGCCCCACCGUGAGCAACUUUAAGCAGCUGCAGGAGAAGCUGAUCUUCGAGAACCUCAACACUGACAAGCUCAACAACAUAAUGCGGCAGGAUUCCCUGGAGCCCGUGCUGCGGGACCCCUGCUACCUGAUCAACGAGGGCAUCUGCAACCGCAACAUCGACCAGACCAUGCUCUCCAUCCUGCUCUUCUUCCACAGUGCCUCCGGAGCGAGCGUGGUGGCCCUAGACAACAAGAUUGAGCAGGCCAUGGAUCUAGUGAAGAAUCAUCUGAUGUAUGCUGUGAGAGAGGAGGUGGAGAUCCUAAAGGAGCAGAUUCGUGAGCUGGUGGAGAAGAACUCCCAGCUGGAGCGUGAGAACACCCUCCUGAAGACCCUGGCAAGCCCGGAGCAGCUGGAAAAGUUCCAGUCCCGGCUGAGCCCUGAAGAGCCAGCACCUGAAGCCCCAGAAACCCCAGAAACCCCAGAAGCCCCUGAUGGUUCUGCAGUGUAAGUGGCUCUGUCCUCAGGGUGGGCAGAGCCACAACUUGUUCUACCUAGUUCUUUCCGGUUUGUUUUUUGGUUCCCCAAGCGUCAUCUCAUGUGGAGAACUUUACACCUAACAUAGCUGGUGCCAAGAGAUGUACCAAGGACACGGCCAUCUGGGUCCACUCCAGUGACAGACCCCUGACAAAUAGCAGGUCUCUGGAAACUGAGUUGCAUGGGGCCUAGUAACCCCAAGCCAGUGAGCCUCUCAUGGUACCGGGUCCAGGGCCUUCCAGGACCUGGGCAACUUAGUUACAGCUGGCAAAGGAGAAAGUAGUUUGAGAUGUAAUGCCAGUGUGCUCCAGAAAGUAUAAGGGGUCUGUUUUUCAUUUCCAUGGACAUACAUCUUCCACAGCUUCAUCUGACAACUGUUCUAUGAAGAAGCCACUUGUGUUUUAGGCAGAGGCAAUCUCUCUCUUCUCCUCUGAUUUGCUCAGGCAGGGGCAGAGAUGGGAGAGAUUGAGCCAAGUCAGCCUUCUGUUGGUUAAUAUGGUAUAAUGCAUGGCUUUGUGCACAGCCCAGUGUGGGAUUACAGCUUUGGGAUGACCGCUUACAAAGUUCUGUUUGGUUAGUAUUGGCAUAGUUUUUCUAUAUAGCCAUAAAUGUAUAUAUAUACCCAUAGGGCUAGAUCUAUAUCUUAGUGUAGUGAUGUAUACAUACACACACACAUACACCUACAUGUUGAAGGGCCUAAUCAGCUUUGGGAGUACUGACUGGUCCCUUACCUCUUAAAGCUAAUUUUUUGACUGUGCUAACUUACCAAAUUGAUCCACUUUGUCAUUUAGAUUAACUAAGAGUCAAGAUAUAAGGGAGGGAGAGGGGGACCAGCCUCACAAUGCGGUCACAGAUGCCUUGCUGCUGCAGCCCUCCCUCAUCUAUCCACUGAAGACGUGUGAAGUCCUCUUUUGAAUGCCAAACCCACCAUUCAUUGGUGCUGACUACAUAGAAUGGGGUUGAGAGAUGAUCAGCGUGGACUUCACCUUUUUGUUUGAGAAAAGUUUUUUAUUUGUUUUUGUUGUUAGUUUUGUUUUUGUUGUUGUUUUGGGGUUUUUUUUGUUUUUAUUUUUUAUUUUUUGUGGGAAACUUUGGGAUUAAUCAAAGUAUGGAGUCCUGUGGUGGACAACAGGAAUAAGUAGUUUUGGUCCCUUGGGGGUGCUGGGAGAUGUACCCAGGAAGUUUGUGUAAGAAGGUUCUGUGACAGUGAACACUUUACACAUUCUGACACCUUAUCCUGCUGUAUGUCUUCAGGAUUUGGAUUUUGAUUUUUCAGAUGUAGCUUGAAAUUUCAAUAAACUUUGCUCUUUUUUUCUAAAAAUAAA